CAAGCACUAAAAUCGCAUCUGCAAGAACCCGACCUUGCCCCGUCGGAUCCUCUCCAGCCCGUUUCCAUUUGGCCUAUCGCUCCAACAACAAUGAAUCAGGACAAAGACUCUCAAGAUAAUUCCACCGAUACCGGGCAUCAUCAACUACAGCAUCAGAUUCAAUUUAGUCCGCCCCCCUCGCAGCUAGGCGGAGGCGAAUCAAAUGGUGGAGGUGGGGGCUCAGGUAGUGGUUCCAAGAGGAAAAGGGUUUCUUUGGCUUGCAAUGCCUGUAGAACGAGGAAGUCCAAGUGCGAUGGAGUUCGACCAAAAUGUUCAAUGUGUAGAGGCAAGUUGAUCACUUUUAUCUGCCUUUUUAUCGGGGACCUGGAUUUCGAUUGUGUUUAUCAGCAGAGCGCUUCUUCUUCGAAUACAAUCAUCGGAAAAGAUUACAUUGGCCGCCUCGAGACUCGGUUGCUCGCCGUCGAAAACCUCCUAGCAGCGCAAGCCUCCGAGUCUCGACUUCGCAACUCACCUACACUCACGGCCCCGAACCACGACCUUAAUGACGACGCACAGAACCGGCGCAGUGCUAGCGCUGACGGUCCACCUUCAAAGCGCACCCGUAUUGAGGGGUCGAACACACCGAACCUAGACGCAAAUAACGGGGAAACUUUCGUGAACCUUAAACUAGGACAGUUGGAAGAUGAAUCCAGUGCCCAAGAUACGGUUCUUGACGGGAUGGGUGCCCUGAACCUGGGGGAUGAAGAGGAUUAUGGUUAUUUUGGUCCGUCGUCAAAUAUAGCUUUUAUCGGGCAUGUCACCCGCGCCCUAGCAACAUCCGUGAGCGUGACUACAACUUUCACGAAAGAGUUUCGCCGCACAGAUCCUACUCUAGACUCAUCCUCUCGUUUCAUCUCUCCUCGUAACUCGCCGGCCCCAUCGACUGGGGGUGAACUCGAUAUUCGGGCAGGGAAUGUCAAGAUAUAUGUCCUGCCGCCUCAAAAGCGUGUAUUACACUAUGUAACAUUGUAUUUCCAAAACACUAAUAUCCUAUUUCCAUAUUUGCAUCAGCCCAGCUUCCUAGAAACCUACGAGGAGGCUUUAAGGGAUGGAUUUUCGAAGGUUCGGCGAACAUGGCUAGCCUUGUUGAACUUAGUUAUGGCGAUGGGCAGUAGAGCUAGCACAGAGACGGACAUUAGCGCUGAAGAGAAAUAUAAGACUGCCGAGGUGUUUUAUCAAAGAGGGUUCGGUUUAUGUGAUGGUCAUUUUCUUAGACUUGCAAGUUUAGAUUCGGUGCACUUGCUGCUGAUGAUGAGCCAUUAUCUUCAGAGCACACGGAAGCCGAAUCAGUGUUGGACUACACACGGGUUGGCUGUACGAAUAGCAUUACAACUAGGGUUGCAUUCAAAUCAGGCCUUGCAACGGUUCCCGCCCCUGGAGAGGGAGCUGAGAAAAAGAGCCUGGUAUGGUUGUGUUUUGCUAGAUAGAAAGCUAUAUACCCUCCUAGGUAUGAUAAUUGACACGCUAUACGGGGGAAAUCUCGGUGGCGGAGAUCAAGUAGAACCGACGUUUGCCUAUGUAGCUCGUGUUGCAGAGAUAGAAGAAAAGCUCUCUACCUGGCGACAACAACUCCCAGCAGCACUCGGUAUCGUAUCUUCCUCAGAUAUCCCAAGUGGCGGCGGUCCACCGAGCAAGUUUUGGCGACAGAGUAUCAUACUGUCGCUUCGUUACUACAACACCCGAGCGCUGCUCCAUAGGCAAUUUGUUGUCAAAGGACUGAGUGAGAUUUGGGGAGGCGGGCCAAGCACUAACAAGUUCGAGGGUGAUUUCUUUUGGAACUUUGGAUGGGCUAGCAUCAAGGUGUGUGCAGAGAGCGCGAUUGAGACGGUAGAAAUCAUACACAAAGUGAAGUAUCGCAGCGAUCUUCUUGGUUUUUGGUGGUUUACGCUUUACUACACAUUCAAUGCGAGCUUGGUUCUUGUAUCAAAAGUCCUUAUUGUCGGUCAAGUACGCCAAUUAGCGCUCCGACCGGACUUCGUUCCAGAAACCGCCAGUCUGCUCAAGCAUCUAGAGAUGGCCAUGGAAACUAUUGAGGUGCUAGCAGCUGGCAAUAGAAUUGCAAACCGCUGCCGCCUUUUCCUCAAGAACCUCAUGCGCUACGUUGCGCCCCUUGCGACCUCCUCCCCCCGCAUAGUAACAUCAAUACCUCAGCCCGCCCAACUCCCCGAUCGUCCUAGCACUGACACGCCAGAAUCCUCCACCGUGCAGAAUGAGCCACCGCAGGACCCGUACCAGGGUUCGAUUGAGGAUCUGCAGAAAUCGCCAUUUCGCACACAGUUAGGGGAGUUUAUGCUAGAGAGUGAUUUCACAUAUUUGAAUUCCAUCCUGCCGCCGCUGGCCAUGGGCGACAUGAGCGGCAUGGAGAACGGCCAGUCAUCUUCUAGCGGAUACGUUCCUAACGGCAGCGACUACGCGCACAUGAGUUUUGGGGCUUGAACGGGGUUCCUCAAUACCGCUCCUUUCCCUCCCACCUUGUACCUUCUCCACUCUCCUUAUAUUUUCGAGCCUUGCUAGUUUCUGCUGCCGCCGAGUUUAAGGGCGUUCCCAGACAGGAUACCCAUAACGUGUAUUGUAGCUAUCAUGAGGGAAUCAAGAUUGAGCUUUGGAUGCUUUGGCGUGUACAUGUGCCAAAGUUUUCAACGUUAGAGUUGGACAUCAGCGAGCUCUGCUGGUCUAGUUGUAUGAUAUGAUAUGAUAUGAUAUGAUUAUCGCUUAGGGAAAUACCCUGAGUGCCUUAA